GCGGCCCAGGAGAGCGAGCCGAGCGAGUGCGAAGCCGACCGGAACGGACGUUAAAUUUUGUUGGCCUGGGUUAUGUCUGAAAGCUUGACGCAUCGUUUGAACAAGUACCGUUCGCAGAAGAGCCCGCAUUCGCCUUCAUGCAGGAUGCUGUGUUCGCUGCUCCUUUGUGAAUGUCUGUGGCUGAUAGCCUGCUGUGCUCAUGAUGAUGACUGGAUUGACCCCACAGACAUGCUGAACUAUGAUGCUGCUUCAGGAACAAUGAGGAAAUCUCAGACGAAAUAUGGUACACCAGAGAAAAAAGGGGUUAGUUCUGACUUCUCAUAUGCUGAUGAAUUGUCGGGAUGUUACAGCAGACUUGAUUCUUUAACUCAUAAGAUUGAUGAAUGUGAAAACAAAAAGAGGAAAGACUGUGAAAGUCAAAACAGUCCUGUUUUUAGGAGAUACUUACAUAAGAUUUUAAUUGAAGCCAGAAAGCUUGGACUUCCUGAUGAAAAUAAAGGUGAUAUGCAUUAUGAUGCCGAGAUUAUCCUUAAAAGACAAACCUUGAUAGAAAUACAAAAGUUUCUCGAUGGAGAAGACUGGAAGCCAGGCGCCUUGGAUGAUGCACUAAGUGAUAUUUUAAUUAAUUUUAAGUUGCAUGAUUUUGAAACAUGGAAGUUGCGAUUUGAAGAUUUCUUUGGCGUAGAUCCAUAUGAUGUGUUUAUGGUGCUUCUGUGUCUGCUCUGCAUCGUGAUGUUAGUAGCUACCCAGCUCUGGACGUAUGUUCAUUGGUUCAUCCAGUUGAAACGUGUUCUGUUUGUCAGUUUUAUCGUCAGUUUGGGAUGGAAUUGGAUGUAUUUAUACAAGCUGGCUUUCGCACAGCAUCAGGCCGAAGUUGCCAAGAUGGAGCCAUUCAACAACAUGUGUGCUGAGAGGAUGGACUGGUCUGGAAGUCUCUGGGAAUGGUUUAGAAGUUCAUGGACCUAUAAGGAUGACCCAUGCCAAAAAUACUAUGAACUCUUAUUAGUCAACCCUAUUUUGUUGGUCCCACCAACAAAGGCCCUGGCAGUGACGUUCACCAACUUUGUCACAGAGCCGUUGAAGUACAUCGGAAAAGGAACUGGUGAAUUUAUUAAAGCGCUCAUGAAGGAGAUCCCAGUGUUACUUCACUUCCCAGUGCUGAUCAUCAUGGCAUUGGCUGUCCUGAGUUUCUGCUAUGGUGCUGGAAAAUCAGUUCAUAUGUUGAGACCUUUAGGUGGUCCCGGAAGAGAACCGCCCCAGGCUCUUCAGCCAGGUGACAAGCGCCAGCAGCGGGACAUUGAUUAUAGACCCCAUGGUGGAGCAGGUGAUGCAGAGUUUUAUUAUAGGGGCCAAAUUGCCCUCACUGAUCAAGGCCCUUAUAAAAGAACAUAUGAGGGUAGAAGAGAUGUUUUGAGAGAGAGAGAUGUUGACUUGAGAUUUCAGACUGGCCACAAGAGCCCUGAAGUGCUCCGGGCAUUUGACAGACCAGACGCAGAGGCUCGAGAGCAUGGUGAAGUGAUGCCCAGUCCCAGAGAGACUGGUGGCAUCCUGAGAGAAAGUGCACCAACAGAAAGCAGCACUGAGAGCAGCCGGCCUCCUGAGUCUGUCUCUAGCCAGGAGAUCCCAGGGACUGCGGAAGGUCCCCCUGCCGUGGGAAAGGCCCAGUUCAGGGAUGACGACAAAGGCAGUCCCGAGGAAGGCAGCAAACCCAGCCCAGCAAGCAUGGCUGCAGGAGCAGAUGACCAUUUGAGGAUGAAAUCUACUCUGCAAGCUAGCAAGGCAACAUGUUUGCUGUUGAAUGUUGACAGCAAUUCAGGGAAGACUUACUAAAGCAAGUUGAACAUAUCCAGUUUAUAACUGGAAGAGAGAGGCUUAUUGAUUGUCUAGCCAGUGUUUACCAGGAAAAUCAGAAUGGUGUAAACAGCUUUUAAAAGCAAUUUUUAAACGAAAUAAUGUUGAAUGUUUGCAGGGCCUAUGAACUACCAUAUACACAAAAUAAACACCUUUUUAUAUUAUUCUGGUUAGUAUGCUUGUCUUUGCUCAUUGAAUAUUCUUAUAAGGCCCCACGAAACUUAUGUGCACUUUUUAAAGGGAGGCAAUUCUAAGACAGUAUACCACAUAUAGAAUAUGUAAAUCAUAAUAUAAUCCCGGUGUUGAGUACUUCUGACAAGAAUAAUUGUUUUCCUGAGCCCUUAAUGUAAUUCCAGAUUGUGUAACUUUAUUUUUUUAAACAUUGGCUGUUUGGAGAAGUAGUUCUGUUUGUCAAUCAAAAUCACCUGAAGAAUUUUUACAAAGAGCUCCCUGGAUCCCUUCCUAGAUGUGUGCAGAGUCGGAAGCACCCAGAGGUGGAGGCAUUCCAGUUUGUUCCAGGGGUGAGCAUUUGCCAUGUGCAGUAGGCUUUAGGGUCCAGGCUCUGCUCUUGUUUUUGCUGAACUAACUUUAUGUCAUGUCCUGUUAAGUAUCCUUGUAAACUCCUUUCAGUUUCUGGGAAGAGGCUUAAUGACAACUGAGGCCCUAACCUACAUCUUUCAUACUGAAAUUUUAUGAGUUGUUUUGGUCAAUGAAAGACCACUUAUACAGUGGUGGUCCCAUAAAAUUAUAAUGGAGCUGAAAAACUCCUAUCACCUAGUGACAUCAUAGCCAUUCUAACAUUAU